UCGCCGAGGUGGAGGGUCUGGGGAGCGUGGCCCCAGGGGUGGGCGGCCGGGUGCGGUGAGGAAGUAAGGGUGAGCGAGGAAAACACAAGGAAGGAGGGGAAGUGCGGACGGCUGUGAGGUGCCAUCAGCUGCAGGUUUAGGCGCCGCGCGGGUCUGGUCCGGAGAUCAAGCCCGGCCGAUCCUUCUCGGAAGGAAGAAAAUAUUCCUUGGAGUGUGGGAGGCGCGUGCGCUUGGGGUCCGAAAUUGAGGUGCAUGGGAGUAUAUAGAAUUUAAGCAUUCUCUCAGAAGUGUAUGGUAGAGAGCUAAAGAAGACAACCAACCAAGGGUCAUCUGAAAUUGUGAUUGGCUAAUAAUCCCAGGACAAAGUUAGAGAUCACUACUCAAGCAAAAGGCCUCUACAAAGAUGUUUGAUAUAAAGGCUUGGGCUGAGUAUGUUGUGGAAUGGGCUGCAAAGGACCCAUAUGGCUUCCUUACAACAGUUAUUCUGGCCCUAACUCCAUUGUUUCUAGCAAGUGCUGUACUGUCUUGGAAAUUGGCCAAGAUGAUUGAGGCCAGGGAAAAGGAGCAAAAGAAGAAACAAAAACGUCAAGAAAAUAUUGCAAAAGCUAAACGACUAAAAAAGGAUUGAAGGAAUGAACAGGCUCUGCAACCAGAGGAAAAUCGUCUGGAAAAUUAUUCAGGUUUGGAAGGACCCAUUAAGGUUUCUUUUCAGAUCUUAUGACAGUAUUAUUUAGUAAACGAAGUCUGAGCAUGUGGAAGAAUCAUGUUAGUUCUCACCUGUAUUAUAGCAACUUUUAGGCUUCGGUGUAGAAGUCUGUUGACAGUUACUGUAAAUUGGCAUUUAUUAUGCUACAGAUUCUUUAUAACUGACUUAGUCAUUUGCCUUUUUGCAGCAUAUGUACUAAAGUGAAAACAUCCUGUGGAGAAAAAUGGCUUUAGAUUAUGGACUCUAUUCAAAUAAUGGCUUAAAAUGGGGUCCUGUUCUGGACAAAGGAGAUUAAGAAUGUAAAAAUCAGAAUUGUCCUGAGGUGAAAAGCAUGCUUUGGCUUAAAAGAGAUACAGUGUAUUAAUCACAUCUUUUAUCAUUAUUACUUAUUUCUUGAAAUAGAAUCAUUUCUGGCUUCUUCAAAGCAAAGUAUUAUUAUUAUUCAACGAGUACUUCUAUUUUCUGUAUUUUUCUCAUUUUAGCUUUUGAGAUACUGGUAAUUACCAGACAUUCUGCAUUUUAAAAAAUCUAAUUUUAUAAAGAAUUCUCUUAUUAUCUUGAACAUGUAGAAUACCACUUACUGGAUAUAACAAAUUUUGUACUUAUGAACACUGCCAUUUUCUUAGAGAUGACUUGAGUAGAGUAACACUAUGAUUUAAAGCUUGGAGUAAAAAUGCCAAACCUUGUAGUACCUUGGAACCAGUUAAUUCUCUCUUGUGCUAUAAGUAGAAAUGUGAAGUAGUUAAAAUGUCUUAUCAAAUAAUUUGCUGAUUAUAUAAUACCACUUUUGUUUUUCAUUCCAUUCUUUUAAUUCAUGUGGUAGUGAUGUCCUUUACUUUUUUGAUCAAACAGGUUCAUGGUGAAAAUUAAAAUUCAAAUCUCUUUUAAGGAACUUUUAAAGAGUAACAGUUAAGUCAUAUUUCAUAAAUGGUAAAGAAAGGUUUAACAGUUGGAAAAAUUUUGUUUAGCAUAGUAUUAAUUGGGUGAAAAAGGUGUAAAUCAUGUCAAAAUUAGAAUGUGUUAUAGUUAGAAAUAAAGGGCUGAAAGAUAUUUCCUUCAGUUAAAUAGUAUAACUGGAACUUUUUACUCUUUAACAUGGCUUUUAUAAAUGCAUGGUUAAUAAUUUUAUUUGUUGUCAGUAAUUAAUAGCUUAUUAAUGUUUUCCUCACCCCUGAUAAUGAAUCUUAAAUUACAAAAAAAUUGUCUAAAAGCUUUAACUUAAAAAUGAAACUAGAUAUUGAAAUAAAUUUGAUACGUUUUUAUAAAGAGGUCCUGGGCUUUUUUUUUGUAGGGGGAGGAGUAAUAAUUCAAGUUAAAUAUGUUAUAGAAGUUAGACUUUUCAGAGGGUUACAAAUUUCAUUUAUAGAUAAGCGUGCAGUUGACCCCUGAACACCACCCUGGGCUUUGUUUUUUUUUUGUGGGGUUAGGAGCAUGAGUCCUCCCUUGCAGUUGAAAAUCCCUGUAUAAUUUAUAGUGGACCCUCCCUAUACAUUGUUCCUUCCUAUAUGCAGGUCUUCCAUAUCUGCAGUUCCGAGGUCCCUCUGUACCCACAGUUCUUCAUCUGUGGAUUCAACCAACCCUGGAUCAUGUAGUAUUAUAGUAUUUACCACUAAAAACAUCUGUGUAUUAGUGACCCCACACAGUUCGAACCCAUGUUGUUCAAGGGUCACCUGUACUUGUAAAAGUUGAGAGCAAUGUUUCUCAUAUGAGAACCUAAGGACCUCUGAGAAUGUUUAUGGACUGGUUGAACAAUACUUAUUACUGUUAUUUUAGGUUGUCAGUUCCUACUUGGUGUCAGUGUGAUCAACACAUUGCAGCUCCAAGCACUGAAAUAAUUCAGUUUUUUUUUUGUUUUGUUUUUUUGCGGUACGCGGGGCCUCUCACUGCCGUGGCCUCUCCCGCCGCGGAGCACAGGCUCCAGACAUGCAGGCCCAGCGGCCAUGGCUCACGGGCCCAGACGCUCCGCGGCAUGUGGGAUCUUCCCGGACCGGGGCACGAACCCGUGUCCCCUGCAUCGGCAGGCGGACCCCCAACCACUGUACCACCAGGGAAGCCCAAUAAUUCAGUGUUUAAUUACAAAUUAGUUAUUCAGAUGAUCUAGGAUAUGCUUUUUAUAUUGUCAUUGAAAUUUAAACAAAACUUAACAGUUAUCCACUAUAGCUAUGGUUUCAUUGUUCAUUGUGACAAUUUAAAGGUAUUUAACUAAAAUAGGAUUUUCUAUAGUCCCUGUUAGUCUUAAUACAAUUUUGUAUUUGUUUGACAUAGGCCAUUUAUUGUUUCUUCAGCUUUUCCCAAAAUUUAUGGAGCCUUUUUAUACAUUUGAGAUCAACAAGGUUUUAUAAUAUGUGUCUAUAUGUUUGUGUGUGUUGGGGGGUGGUGUAAAUUAGAGACCAUAGAGCUUCCUCAGUUUAAAAUGGAUUACAUUCUGAUAAACCCAUUGCAAGCUGAAAAUAAUUUACUGAAUAAUGUACUGAAAGUGAAAAACAGAAUGGUUGUAUGGGUGUCGGUUGUUUACUUGUGAUUGCAUGGCUGACUGGGAGCUGUGGCUCCCUGCCACUGCCCAGCAUCACAAGUGUCCUACUGCACACUGCUAGCCCGAGAAAAGAUUAAAACUCAACGCUUCUGUUGAAUGUGAAUAUGUAUCAUAAAGUUGAAAAAUUAAGUUGGGGACUGUGUAUUAUGAGGUUUGAGAGUCUUCAGAAAAAUCAAUCUUUUAUUGUAACAUACUGUUACGGUUACAAGAAUCCCAUUUACUGUUACCCAGAAUAAUUCUUUUAAAAACUGCCUACCUAUUAUGUUGUUUCUGAAGUUCUUAGAACUAAUAUAAUUAGUUACCAUUUUAUGGCUGGUUUUGAAGGAAAAACAAACAAGCUGCCUAUAUUUUACAUUUUACCACCAACAUUUUACCACCAAAAAGUUUGUGCAUCAGAAUUUGAUCCAUAGUGUCCACGUGGUAAACUUCAGCAUGGUGUUACUGUAUCAGAUGUGCAAGGGGAUUUUAAACCUAUUUCCUGAAAUUACAGUGAGCAAACUGGAAAUAAGCUUCGGAUGCUGCGAGCUAGAAACCCAAUGUUGAGAUCCACUAUAGCUUAACAGCUCAUCACCCAUCGUUAGGGGCACUUUAUACCUCAUCUGGUUUUAAGUUAGAGGAAGUCUGAUACCUAUUUAGGAAUGAUUGCUUUCAGGUUUGCAACUGAUUAUAGGAUCACUCUGAUUUACUUCAUAUCUGUAAUAUAUAAGGACAAAUUCUGUAUUUCUCAAACAUUAAAGGGGAUUCUGUGUUCAAAUACCAAAAGUUUGGGAAACACAAGAUAAGACAAUUCAUUUCUUCAUGAUUUCUUGGAGUCUUUUAACCUUCUUUGACUAUCAUAGACUCUCUUUUCUUUUCCCCCAAAGAACACAAAUAGUUUGAGAAAGCCUAGUCUAAAUGAAUUCAGGUUACAUUUUAGAUAGUGUGGUUAAUGAGAGAGCAUUAAAAAAGUCAAUAUGAUGGUGUUGGGUCAAGGCUGAUGAAAUUAGGAAGUAAAUGAGAGCCAGAAAUCUGUUAGUAAAAAUGGAAUGCAAAACGAUAACAUAAUGGGGAAAAAAUUAUUUCCUCCAUUUUUUUUUGAUUUUUAACUUCAGAUAUCCAAGGCAUAGCUAAUAGGCUAGAUUUAUAUGGUUAAACCCAAAAGGCAAGGCAUGUAUACCUGAGCAGUUUGUAUAAUAAGGGCUUUGGGGGAAAAAAAUGCUAUAUGCAUGUAUAGCAGAGGCAUAGGAAGUCAGGAAGGAUUUAUCUGAGAGUACUUAAGGUAUGUAUGACACUUUAAUUAUUAUUAUUUUUAAUUUAUUUAUUUUUGGCUGUGUUGGGUCUUUGUUGCUGUGCGUGGGCUCUAGUUUCGGUGAGCAGGGGCUACUCUUAGUUGCGGUGUGCGGGCUUCUCAUUGUCGUGGCUUCUCUUGUUGCGAAGCACGGGCUCUAGGCUUGCAGGCUUCAGUAGGUGUGGCACAUGGGCUCAGUAGUUGUGGCACACGGGCUCUAGGGCUCAGGCUCAGUAGUUGUGGUGCGUGGGCUUAGUUGCUCCGCAGCAUGUGGGAUCUUCCCGGACCAGGGCUCGAACCCGUGUCCCUUGCAUUGGCAGGCAGAUUUUUAACCUCUGUGCCACCAGGGAAGCCCCACUUUAAUUAGUUUAAAAUGAACAUUUUAACUUUUGAAAUUAAAAAAACUGCAUGGGUUUUGGAGUCUGUCUUGAAAAGAUGAAGAAAAACAUUUUCAUUUAAAAAAAAAAACUUGUAAAUUCCCCAAAUAUAACUAUUUAAAAUAUGAAAUAUGGUGGACAAAUGAAUAUUUUAUGUGAAACUUUGAUUCUGCUUUGCAUGUGUCUGGCUUAAAAGCCACAUAUAAAAACAAGAUUGUUUAGAAAGGCAAUCUUAAUUAGGCCAAAUUAUAGUUCAGUUUUUAUGUAGGACUAAAUGUUCUCAGAACUCUUUUCUGAUACCACCUAACAGUGUAACCAGUCAUCCUAAAAACGUUAGUCUUGAGGAAAGGAGUGUGGAUGGAUUACUACAAAGUUUAUUCCCACCUCUCAAAAUCACUUUGAAAGUGCAUACUUUACUAAUAAUGGGUGGGCCAGUAUCAUCUUCUUAUAUAAUGUAACUGUUGGCUAAGAUUUUCUUUUAUGUAAAACAGGUAUUUUAAAAUGAAAACCAUAAAAAUUAAAAUUAACGUAAAUUCUGUCAUACAUUAAGAUAUUUAUAAACAGCCUACACGACAAACUUUUGUAAAAUAUGUAUAUAGAAUACAGUUAAUAAGCUGAUAGGAAUUUGGUAGUAGAAACAUUCUAUUCUAGCAUGUUAGAAUUUACAGUUUUUCCUGUAACUCGGGGUUCAAGAACAUCUUACUUUACAGUCAAUUAUACAACAAAUUUUAUCUCUUUUUAUAUUGCCUAAUACCUAGUUCCUUUUUUGCCUCUUUGGUAAAAUGUAAUACUACUUUGUAAUAAUGUAAAGAGACAGAAUGAUUAACUUGAUAUUAACAGGGCUGCUGGAACGUUAAUAUUACCACCUAGGGGCUUUUUUUUGGUCAUUUCAUAAGUAUUAUGGUGAUUACCUUUGAUUACUUGUUUUAGUAUAACAUUUUAUAAAGUUGUAUUUUUCUGUAGUUUAUUUCUUAAGCAAUUAAAAAUUUUACCUUCUAAUAUUAAGUAAAAAUCUCAGUCCAUAUUUAUUGAGUAGUUGCUACAAUGUCAAACACUGUUAGAAGACCUCUAUAUUAGAAUUAGAACUCUGUUAGCAACAAAAACUUGGUUGUGCGCUUCAGAAAACGUAUGACACUUUUAUAUAUAAUCUGUUUUAAUGUUGUCAUCUGUCUAUAAUUUUCUCUAAUACAGAAAUCACUGUAAUCUCUACUAUCAGUGGAAUCACGUUCUGAGAACUCCGCCCUGUUUUCUACUUCUUCAAAGUAAUUUUUAAUCUCACAGAACUACAAUUACUUCACCAUUUCUCUGUUUACCAUCUUUUCAGACUUUUGUGAUAGACUGUCUACUUCUAUUGGUCCUAAUUCCUUCUUUAAAACUCCAACCUCAAUCCCACCAUAAAAUAGCUUUUGUCCCAUCUACUCAUCAGUAUCAUAGGGUGUUUUUCAUUUAUCAAAUAAAUUUUCUUGGCCUCCACGUGUUUUAUCCUUGCCUCCACGUGUUUUAUCCAAGUUCAUGUUUUUGAUUAGUUCUUUAGAACCUUACAGAGUGCCUCUUCAGAAAUAGCAGUCUUCUCCUUUUAUAUUUGAUUAUUUAGGACAGUUCAAUAUUUACCCUUAUCAUUUUCUACCAAGAUAUAUUUUGGGUGGUUUCUAAAUGAUCGUAAGGAUCUAAAAUAUACUGAACAUUUACAGCUACAAGAUACUUCUCAAGGGAGCAACUCAAAGAGGAAAAUAAACUAAGCAAAUUUAUAAACAGAGAAUGAUGACUAAAUCAAGUGAAGGAUUUAAGUCUAAAAGAAG